AUGGUCUUUGACUUUCUUUGGGAGGCCGGGCCGGUUACGUUGUUCUGGUCCAAGUGUGGGAGCAAUGUGGACAUUGAAAUUAAAGUAAGCCGAAAGGAGACGCUGAAAUCAUUAGUGGGGAAAGUGGCCGAGGCUGAAACGGGAAGGGCAACCUAAUGACAAAUCUGCCGCGUGAUUGAAGAAAGCCUAGAAUUCCCGCAAAAAACCUGGCUAGCAGGACAUGAGGGCAAGUAAUACCCCAAACCUACCGGUAAACCCAAUCGUAAUCUCAAAAGUAAACUUAAUCCUCAACGUAAUUAUAAACCUAACGCUAACCCUAGACUCAACAGUAAAACUAAGUCCAAGCCUACCACAAACCCUUGCCCUAAGUCUAAGUCUGUGCUUAACCCUGAUUCAAACACUAACGCUAACCUAAACCGCAACCCAAGCGGUAACUCUACCCUGACACUAACCCUAGCCUUAAACUUAACUUAACCUUAAACUAACUUAAAUGAACUUAACAUCAAUGUAAACUUAAACCGCCAUCUAAACCCUAAAUCUAGCCGGAACCCUUAAACUUAACAUGAACCCUAACUCUCAACUCAAUUCUCAGCCAGACACUAAUCAAAACCCUAAAACUAACCCUACCUCUAAACCAUAACAGCAGGUUGCUCCUUUCCGUUAUAGCUUUGCAUGCAUUCUAACUAACGAUUUCAGCAUUCUCCUUCGGCUUUCUUUACUCGCGAAGCCCACAUUGAGCUUGCACUUGGGACCAGGGCAGUUAACCGUCCCCUAUUUUUUUUAUUUUUUUAAGUUUUGAUAGGUUUACGUGAAUAAUGAAUUUCAAAAAAUGGGUCAGUUUUCAAGCAAUUAGCGGCAUGUAGGGUAAACACGCUCGCCUUGUUAGCAUUGCUCCUCAGCAGGGCGGGAGGUUUGUGUUUUCCUUCUCGCAUACGUGCGGGUCUAACUCAGACGCAUUUUAAACCUGAUAUGAAUUUAUACUUCGUCCCCAAAAUCAGUAACGAGGGGAUAAGUGCGCUUAACUAUUCAAGAGAUUUAUUGUUGGAGCUGUUGAUGCGUUGGCAAGCAUUUUCUUCAUUUAACAUACAAUUUACCUCAUGUUCUUCUCUAUUAAAAAUUCCUCCCCAGGCUCUAUCAUAGAUAGAAAUUAACCCGCUAACAUGUAUUAAAGAUUACCUUCCUACUAAUUAAUUCUUAUAACUUAAUCUUACCCGCGGAAGUUUACUUUAAAAACUGUUCAUCGGUUCGAUGGAAUUUCGCUCUUAGGAAGGGAAUUAGAACAAUUAGUACUGAAUCUGGACUGUAAGACCCCCCAAUUGUAGACAAGGGCCCUCGUUUUUCUAAACAGGUAAAGCCCCAUGGAUUCUUUCCUGUGGCCUCUGAUGCCAUAAUAUUUACUUGGAUUCACUAUCUGAAACCUGGUUUUUAGUGGAUAAACUCUUGUCUCCCAGUUAGAAAAACGGCUAAAUGCCACGUUUGACCGAAUCCAUGAAUUGGAAGACGCGCUUCGAGAGUUCAGGGAGAAGGCCGUCUUGGAGAAGCAGAGAUAUAAGACGGAAGUUGACCGUCUGAAGGAAAACAUGCUAGGUGGGACCAAGAGAGGAGUCAACAUCGGUAAGUAAUCGUUGUUCUAAAUAGACUUACAUCCAUAGGACAUAACAGCAGAUCCUAAUUACUUAAUGGUUUGAUGCAUUCAGUUGUCGUUUUACGGCAAAACAAUGUCUAAAAAGCAAGAGCUUACUCUUUACGACAUGAAAAUUGGUUUCAGUCUUCAUUUAAGGUCUUUUAAGCCUUUAGUUUUGGGAUAAGGGAUAAUCGACAGUGGCGUUUUUAAAACCUGGAAAUUCAUAAUAACGUAAGUGAGUUCGAAAUGACGCCCGUUAUAGCAAAAAAUCGGUCUUGGCAGCUAAAGAAUAAUUUGUGCUAAUUUCAUCCAGACAGACAUCCCAAUCCUUUUGUAUAUGAAGUUCUUUUAUUUAUAAAUAGGUUAGAAUACUUCAGAUUACGCUCUGGUAUACGGUCUGAGUUGAUAAGUUGCUAUGUACCCAUAGAGGUUGUUGACUAGCAUGUCAAAUUUGAGCAUAGUUUUGGUGGUUUAUCAUUCGGAUUCCAAAUUUAAGACAGUAAGACCCAAGAGUUGAAUAGGAGUACGUGUAUUCCAGGUAAAUAGAACUUUACUUACUUGACAGUUGGACCGUCGGCAUUCACUCAUUCACACGAUGAAGUCGGCUGAACCUGAUUGCAGGCAUGUUUUAUAGGCUUCAAUAACUAAUUUCUGCACAGAUAAAGGUAAAACUGAAUUAUAAUUAGGAUGUACGGCGUGCGCCGGUGAGGUAAGGAACUCUCUAACGUACCUCAGGCAUGCUGAAUGAUGGUGCUGCUGGAACUAUAGUUGGACAGCUAGGAAGCUGAGAAGUGCACGCUUGUCUUAUAAGUUCCAAUUCCAGUGAUCUAAAGUUUGCCUACUGUUUUUCGUUUCAGCUAAGCCCAUCCGAGUUGGGGCAGCGAAGUAG